AUGACGCCGCGGCCACUCCCGUACAACGGCAACUAUGCCUCACCCGACGACUACAUCUCUCACCUCCUUCACUUUGUCAACACCACCGACCUCUUUCAAAUCCUCUGCGGGGGCACACAUAUCCUCGACUUCUUCACCUCAUCCCCUGGUCUCUUCCACACCGUCGUACCCCAAGAAUGGCACCCCUUCCUGUUGGAGUGCGACAUUAUGCGCCUCCUCGACAUCUUCAUUAGGGACGACCUUGACCACCUUGAUCUCGAGGGGCUGCCAGAGCUGCCAGACACCCUAUUUCAAUACAUCAAAUCCAUCAGAGACCUUUCACUGGGUAGAGAUUACACUGAGCCGUCGCAUGAGCUGCCGGUCCUGCCGCGGAUAGUCAAGGUCGGCAUGAAGCCCAAAAAGAUUCACGAAGUCAGCCACUUUGCAGACUAUGUGCACCGGCUAUCCCAGAAUAUUGCUUCAGCUUCACCCUCCAACCAAAUAACGCACUUUGUCGACUUUGGCAGCGGCCAAAACUAUCUGGGCCGCGCACUCGCCAGUGAGCCGUACAACCAGCGAGUCGUCGCGGUAGAGGGCCGCGAGAACAACGUCACGGCCGCCCGCGGCCUCGACAUGUCAUCGGGCCUGGCCGUCAAGCAAAAGGUGAAGCGGAACAAGAAACUCUGGACCAAGAUCCUCGAGGCCGGCGGGCCAAACCCCCAUGACAACCCGGACGUGUUCAAGCAGGUCGCCGGCGCCGAAGGAUUCGACUUUCGGCCGCGAGAUCAGCUGCACACCGAGUGUACGGUGCAACACGGCAAGGGCCACGUACAGUACGUGUCCGGCCGCCUUGACAGCGGCGACCUCUCCGAAGUGAUUUCCACGGUCCAAGGGUCGAGCGACGACGAGAAACUCAAGCUCAUGGCCAUUUCCAUCCACUCCUGCGGCAACCUGUCCCACUACGCCAUCCGCUCACUCAUCCUCAACCAGGACAUUCGCGCCAUUGCCAUUGUGGGGUGCUGCUACAACCUCAUGACCGAGAAGCUCGGCCCGCCAACCUACAAGCACGCCUACCUGCGCCCGACUCUGCAGGCGCUCAACGGCCGCGUGGGCAGGGAGUCGUCGCGCUUCGACCCCCAGGGCUUCCCCAUGUCCCACAGGUUCAGCACCUACGACGACGACGGGAUCAGACUCAACGUCACCGCCCGCAUGAUGGCGUGUCAGGCGCCCCGUAACUGGGGCCUCCUCGACAGCGAGGCCUUCUUCUCGCGUCACUUCUUCCGCGCCGUCCUGCAAAAGAUCUUUCUGGACAGAGGCGUCGUCCAGCUGAUACACCACGUUCCCGAGGAUGCGGACGGCGAGCAGCUCAGGACGCCCGGACCGUUUGACUUUAGCACACAGCCCAUCACCGUCGGAGGGCUCCGCAAGAAUUGCUACUCGUCGCUGCGGGCCUAUGUCCGCGGCACCAUUGAGAAGCUCACCACCAGCUCCGAGUACAGGCAGUACGCGGAUGUCAUGAAUGAGAAGAUGGCGGACAUUACCGACGACGAGAUUGACAGGUACGAGGCGGAGUACCUGCCGCGCAAGAAGGAGCUGUGUGUGGUUUGGAGUCUCAUGGCGUAUAGUGCUAUGGUGGUCGAGUCGCUGAUUGUGGUGGACAGGUGGAUGUAUUUGAGGGAGCAGGACGAGGUUGGCGAUGCGUGGGUCGAGACCGUGUUCGAUUAUGGCACGAGUCCGCGGAAUUUGGUCGUCGUCGGGGUCAAGAAGGGUGCAGACGUGGCGCCAUGGGGGUAUGAUUGA